AUGCCUCCAACAGCCCCACGAAUACUACCCAGUCCUUCGUCAUCUAUCCCAUGGAUCUGCAAAAGCUGCUCAAAAAGUUUGAUCCACCCGCCACAAGCGUGGUCACGAGCACUCUCCACCAUCACCUCUCCUCGAUCCGUCCCAUCUCUCUACAGAUCCCCCACCAAACCAACUUCCUGCCAAAGAAUUUCUCCGACCCCAAGCCGGCUCUCCAGCAUCGACUCUCAUCCAGACGCCUACCCCGCCCGUACGCCAUUGACAGACAAACUCUCAGCCUUCCCUCUCUCAAUCGAGAAAUACCACGCCCUUAGCGACGCCUACAUUGAAAGCCUACUCUCAGAAUUAGAAGAACUGCAAGAAGAGCGCGAGGAUAUCGAUGUCGAAUACUCUAAGCAAGAUCUACGUACCCAUUUGACUCGUACUGUGCUAACGCCAGUCAACCAGGCCGGCGUCCUAACCUUCCUCUUUCCCCCACUAGGGACCUAUGUCCUGAACAAGCAACCGCCGAACAAGCAGAUAUGGCUGAGUAGUCCCGUCAGUGGGCCCAAGAGGUACGAUUGGGUCGCGAAGGAAGAAAGCGGAGAUGAGGGAAGAUGGGUCUACUUGCGAGAUGGGAGCACGCUGGAUCAGAUUUGGGAGAAGGAGGUAGAUGUGGUAGUUGGCGGAGGGGGGUGCCGGGCAAGUGAAGACUGA